GAAGCAGAAGCAAGAGGCAGGAGCUUCGAUCCAAAGAAGACAGCGUGGGGAGGGAUACGCUGGGGGCAGACACCCUCCUUCCUGCGCGCACACGCGCGCUCGCACGCGCGCGCACACACCACACACAUAGUCACACACACACACACACACACACACACACACACACACACACGCCACAGGGCCUCGCAAGCAGGGAGCCGGCCCCGGGAUCCGAGCGAGGCAGCUCUGCCGAGAGUGGCGGGAGGAGGCGAGCCAGCCGGGGGGAGCCCUCGGUUCCGCUCCCGGGCCGGGGUGGGGGCGCCCCGCGCACGGCGGCCCAGAGACACCCUCGCAGACACUCGUAGGCGCGCACGCGCACCCUCUCCCCUCCUCCCCUCCCCUCCCGCCGCCUCCCGGCCGGACGAUGGAUCCCUGCAGAUCCCGGGGCUGAGAGCACCGCGCAGCGCCAGCCGCGGAGCCCGGGCGGACCGAGCGGAGCGAGCACCGCGCGGGCGCCGAGCCGAGCCGGCCGGGCGAGCCGCUCCCUGCAGGGCUGUGCGCGCGUGCCGCGGCGGCCGGCGGCUCGGCUGCGGGCCAUGAGCCCCUCCGCGGCGCGGCGCUGAGCCCACGGACGCCCCAGGACCUGCAGCGGCGGCCGGCUCUCCCCAGCCCCCUCAGGACCCCCGUGGCAAGGAUGGAACUGAAGCCGGAGGAGGAGGAGGUGGGCGGCGUCCAGCCCGUGAGCAUCCAGGCUUUCGCCAGUAGCUCCACGCUGCACGGCCUUGCCCACAUCUUCUCCUACGAGCGGCUGUCUCUGAAGCGGGCCCUGUGGGCCCUGUGCUUCCUGGGCUCGCUGGCCGUCCUGCUGUGCGUGUGCACCGAGCGCGUGCAGUACUACUUCUGCUACCAUCACGUCACCAAGCUCGACGAGGUGGCUGCCUCCCAGCUCACCUUCCCGGCUGUCACGCUCUGCAACCUCAACGAGUUCCGCUUCAGCCAAGUCUCCAAAAACGACCUGUACCACGCUGGGGAGCUGCUGGCCCUGCUGAACAACAGGUAUGAGAUCCCGGACACGCAGAUGGCUGACGAAAAGCAGCUGGAGAUACUGCAGGACAAGGCCAACUUCCGCAGCUUCAAGCCCAAGCCCUUCAACAUGCGCGAGUUCUACGACAGAGCAGGGCACGACAUCCGGGACAUGCUGCUGUCCUGCCACUUCCGUGGGGAGGCCUGCAGCGCCGAGGACUUCAAAGUGGUCUUCACGAGGUAUGGGAAGUGUUACACAUUCAACUCAGGCCAAGAUGGGCGGCCGCGGCUGAAGACCAUGAAAGGAGGGACUGGCAAUGGCCUGGAGAUCAUGCUGGACAUCCAGCAAGAUGAAUACCUGCCUGUGUGGGGAGAGACCGACGAGACAUCCUUCGAAGCAGGCAUCAAAGUGCAAAUCCACAGUCAGGAUGAGCCUCCUUUCAUCGACCAGCUGGGCUUUGGUGUGGCCCCCGGCUUCCAGACUUUUGUGUCUUGCCAGGAGCAGAGGCUCAUCUACCUGCCCUCGCCCUGGGGCACCUGCAAUGCUGUCACCAUGGACUCGGACUUCUUCGACUCCUACAGCAUCACCGCCUGCCGGAUCGACUGCGAGACGCGAUACCUGGUGGAAAACUGCAACUGCCGCAUGGUGCACAUGCCAGGGGAUGCCCCGUACUGCACUCCGGAGCAGUAUAAGGAGUGCGCGGACCCGGCCCUGGACUUCCUAGUGGAGAAAGACCAGGAAUACUGCGUGUGUGAGAUGCCCUGCAACCUGACCCGCUAUGGCAAGGAGCUGUCCAUGGUCAAGAUCCCCAGCAAGGCCUCCGCCAAGUACCUGGCCAAGAAGUUCAACAAAUCCGAACAGUACAUAGGGGAGAACAUUCUGGUGCUCGACAUUUUCUUUGAAGUCCUCAACUAUGAGACCAUCGAGCAGAAAAAGGCCUAUGAGAUUGCAGGACUCCUGGGUGACAUCGGAGGCCAGAUGGGGCUGUUCAUCGGGGCCAGCAUCCUCACAGUGCUGGAGCUCUUUGACUACGCCUACGAGGUCAUUAAGCACCGGCUGUGUAGACGAGGGAAAUGCCAGAAGGAGGCCAAGAGGAGCAGCGCAGAUAAGGGCGUGGCACUCAGCCUUGAUGACGUCAAAAGACAUAAUCCCUGCGAGAGCCUCCGGGGACAUCCUGCCGGGAUGACCUACGCUGCCAACAUCCUACCUCACCACCCCGCUCGAGGCACGUUUGAGGACUUUACCUGCUAAGCCCCGCAGGCCACUGCACCAAAGGCCUAGGUGGGGAGGGCUAGGAGAGCGAGGGGCCCCAAGUGCCCCCGGCUACCCUGGGGACUCAGCUGCAUUCCUGGGCAGUGGCUCCUCUCAUCUGUGGUGAGGAAGGAGUCUUGACCAUGGAGUUCUCUUCCAGCCUCUAUCCCAUCUUUUUAUUUUAAUGAAAUUAAACUAAUAUAAAAAGAGAGAAAGAGAGAUCCGGCCGGGACCUCAGCCUGCCCCUCUCUGCUCCAUGCUGCCUCCCCUAGCUCCAAGCCUGAAUUCUGUCUGUCUGUCAUCUGAGUGUCCGCCUACAUUCUGCUGCCACCAGUCACCAAAACCCCCUCCUAGUGGGGGGGGUGGAGGGGAUCUCUAGGGUCUGAAAUUUGGCCCCAAACCAGAGAAUGUACCUUAAGGGGGAGGGCUAGUGAGGGGGCUUCCCUAGCCUUAAGAGACCCUCCCAGCCCGGUGACUCCCCAAGAGCCCGAGUCUCCAGGUGAGAACUAGACGCCCAGUUCUGCUCCCUCAAGCAUACGGAAUCUUUAGGGGGUAGAGGAUCCCCUGUAGAGGUAGAGAUGGGGACUCCAUGUGGCCCUGGUGCUGUAGGCCACAUCCCAGUAUCUGUUCCGUCACCUCUCCCCUGAAGCUGCUGGAGAGAAAUCCUAAGAGGCAGCCCUCCGUUACAUCCCUAACAGGCCUAGCUGGUGAGCCCCGCUCGGGGAGGGACAAGGGCGCCUGACCUCACCGGCUUCUCUCUCAGAGGCCUUUGCAGAGGGCCACAUCCAUAAAUUUUCUUAUGGAGCUCUCCCAAGUCCUCUUCCCCAGCUUCAUUUGCUUCUCUCGGCAACCUCAUCUGCAUUUUCUAUUUCUAUAUGAUACAGACUCUAUAUUGCUAUAUCUCUGUAUAUACUUUCUCUAACCCUGUUUGUCUCCACCCCAUUCCCUCCUGUCUCUGAGAACCAUCCUCCCACCCCAAGCUCUCCCUUCUGUGUCACCCUGCCACCCCUCGUCUCUGGAUGCCUUUGCCUGUAUAAAGAGUUGGACCUCCCCCUGGUGUCUGUACUGUGUACACACAUCCCUUUGAGAAGCACAAGGAGACGACCGGCGCAUUGUAACCUUCGCACUGUCUUCGGUGGCGACAUAAAGGAAGCUGUGAACUACAAGCUCUGCCUCUUUUUGGCCUCGCCCUUUGCCCCCACAACUGGGGCACCCUCUGCCCUCCCCACAGCCUUAACAUACCCUCUUCCUUGCUCCACCUAUCCCAGUGCCCUUUGCCUGGCUGACCAUGGCCUCCCCAAGGGAAGGGAUUGGUGCAAAGGUGAAGCCUACCCAGGAAUGGAGCUCUGCUGGAUGCCAAGCCAAGAUGCUAGAGGCAGGGGGAGCUGGGGAUUGGUGACUCACUCUCGCAGCUGGGGCAGUGGGUACCCUCAGCCAGAAGCUGAAGCCCUUAUUGUGGCCUUUCUGUCCUCUGGGUGCCCAUUGCCCCUUCCUCAUGUUGGUGCCCAGGCCCACCACUUACAUUUUCUAGUGAGGCAGGGUUCGCUCAUGUGAGGAAAGGAGAGAGGCCCAGAGGGGGAGUUGGCAGCUCCACUGUCGUUUCCCUCCCUUAAGGAGCCACAGGUUGAGGCAGAGGGCCUCCCACCCCCACCUGGCACCAUUCCCAGGCCAGAGCCCCAACCCCUUUCCAAGCCUUCUCUGCCCCCCACUGUCUCUUGGUCUCUAAUCCCAAAACAGGACUUGUGGGCAGAUCACCUGUGUGCGUUGGCCUGGAGCCAGAGAGUGAGGCUAUAGCAUCUUGGUUCCCAAGAGUUCUGUAGAGAGCAGAACUCCCCAGAAGGAAGCAGGGCCAAAGCUGAGAAGUGUGCACUGGCUGGGGGACAGCAGGAGGGGCUCUGGGUGACGCAUGCCUCUGGUCUAAUAAACUGGGUUUCAUCCAUC